AUGGCCGCGCUGGACGUGCACAACUCCCUAGUGACGCGCAUCGUCCUUUACAAGGUGCGCCCGGGUCAGCAGGCCGCCGCCGUCGAGGCGCUGCGCGGCCUGUUCUCGCUGGCGGCGGCCCAGCCGGGCUUCGUGUCCGCAUCCCUGCACCGCAGCCUGGACGGCGCCAAGGCGGCCAUCUACGCACAGUGGUGCAGUGCGCAGGCCGUGACAAACUUCAGAGCCCUACCAGAGGCGGCCGCACUGACCGCCAACGUAGGCGAACUGGUAGAGACGGCAGACCACAGGGGGUACGAGAUCGUGUGCUGGAGGUGUAAGUACGGCAUUCCCCAGAUCGUAGCCGGCCAGUACUUUGUGAGCAUUGCGGAAUUUAGGGCGGGGGAAGGGGAGCAGGCGGGUGUGGUGGAAAGGGUGAAGGCCCAUGUGGAGGAGGUGGGUUUGGCGAAUGGCGCAGAGUGUUUGGCGCUGCAUCGGUCGCUGGACGGCGGGCUGGCAGUUUGCUACGGGCAGUGGGAUAGCGAGGGGGCGGCGGGCGGGGCCAGGAGGGAGGAGGAUUGGGAUGGUGUGGAGGAGAGGGAGUGCCACGCCUACGAGGUGGUCAUGACGCUAAAGGGGAAGGCGUGA